GGAACACAUUAACGAGCCCUGUUGCGCGCGUGCUGUUUACCUGUUGCUAUUGUAGAGUGCAGGUUAGUUGCUCGGUUUUUGGGCAGUUUACUUCGUGAUUUUGCCUUCGAGAAAACCUUUUAGUGGAUAUCUUUAUCACAGACGACUGAAGUAACAACAGGCCAAAGGUCGAGUUGGAUUUACUGUGGGCUUUACUGUGGUGUAAAGUCGUACUUGUGUCGUACUUGUCCAGAGAGACUGUGCAAUAGCUGACUUAAAAAGGGGCGUGAGUAUGCAAGAAGAGUUUCAUAAAGAAGUGUAAGAGUUUAGUUUACUCCGUGAUUUCGUUUUUGCUAAAACGUUUUAGUGCAUAUCUUUAUCACAACCAUGGAAAGGAAACGACUUACACUGGCUGAAGUUGAUGAGAACUUGUUUAGAUUUAGUGAUGAGGAGAGUGAGAGUGAUGACGCUUCCAUGGCUGCAAGCAUGGACUCAGAGGAAGAAGUCGCGUUUGUCCAUGGAAUCGACGCCGUGCUCGAUAUGCCUGAAGUAGAUCCACCUUACCCUCCCCCACAUGGAAUGUUUCACACCUCUUCUGACCCACUCCCAGGGCAACAAUCAACUUCUACCCUCUCUAGUGACAAAGGCAGCAGAAGCACAAGCCCACCCCAUGCAAAGACAGUAGUGCCCAUACCAUCAGCUCCGAUACCCAGCAACACCUCCCACACCGUAGCUGGGCAACAACCUCUUGCUAGAGCAAGGAAGAGAAGAUCAGCUCCCGGGGGAAAGAGCACAGCGUCACCACCACCUACGGCACAGGAGGACAGAUGGCACGACACCUCAGAGGAAGAUGAGCAGCCUCCCCCAUUGACGUUUUGUCCCAGGAGGAACCCAGGAGUUCAGUUGGAUUUUCAGACGGUCUACAGCCCUUCUGACAUCUUCCAGCUGUUCUUCAGUCAAGAGGUGAUCCAAACCCUAUGCAACAAUACCAACGGAUUUGCAGCUCAGAGAAAAGGGAAUGACACGAAGAGGCCGUGGACGGAUGUAAAUGCGGAUGAAAUGCUUCAUUAUCUCAGCAUAAUCAUCUAUCUUGGACUGAUGAAGCCUUCAGCUAUUGGGGACCUGUGGAGGAAGGAUCACUUGCAUAGCUACCCGUUUCCUCCUUCUGUGAUGGCUGGGAAGCGGUAUAAAGCCAUCAGUGCAUACCUGCACAUGAGUGACCCAGCAGCAGAUGCCGUAAAUGAUCAGCUCCAAGGUCAGCCUGGGUAUGAUGGUCUCUUCCGCAUCAAGCCACUCCAGGAACAGAUCCUGACUGCCUGCCAGGCCUACUACCAUCCGCACCAGAACAUUGCAGUAGAUGAAAGAAUCGUGGCCACCGAGGUGAGGCACAGGGUGACGGACAAGCCCCCCAGGCGGGGGUACAAGCUCUUCGUCCUGGCUGACAUCUCCAGUGGCUACACGUAUAACUUCCGCGUGUAUAAGGGGAAUGCACGGAAACGGUCUGGAAAAGGCCUAAGCUUCGAUGCUGUGGUUGAUCUGAUUGAUGUACCUUCUCUGGGCACGGGAUACACAGUUUAUGUUGACAGUUUUUACACCAGUUCGCUGCUCUUCCGUCACCUGCGAGGAAUUGGUUUUGGGGCAUGUGGAACCAUCCGUGAGACCAGGAUAUGCUUCCCAAGAACAUCAGCUAAUGCCCUGCCAAGAAAAGCAGACCGUGGUGACAUGCGAUGGAUCAGGGAUGGCCCGUUGCUGUUCGUAAAGUGGAAGGACAUACGAGAUGUCACUGUGUGCUCCACUGCCCACAAAGCCUAUAGUGGAAAAUCAAUGCAGUGUCAGGUCAGAAGUCCAAGUGGCGCUUGGUGCACCCAACAGAUCCCAGUACCGGACCCUGUGUGGGCAUACAACACGUUCAUGGAAGAAGUUGACUGGUCUGAUGCCCUCAUAAAGUACUUCUCUCCAACCCAGAAGACCAGGCGCUGGUUUGUGCAGCUGUUUCUUCAGUUUAUUGACAUUGCGGUGAUGAACAGCUUCAUUAUCCAUAAGGAGAUGGCACUGGCAAGAGAGCAGAAGCCCCUCAACCAGAAGCGCUUCAGGGAGGUGUUGUGUUUGGAGCUGGCUGGUGCUGGGCAGCCACAGGAAUCUUCGCAGGCAGAAGCUGUGAGCGCCUGCUCAUCUCUUCCUCAUGUCCGGGAGCAGAGACCAGAGGGGUGCUUCCCUGUUCCAGUGUGUCAGGUAUCCACUGACGUGCGACAGAAAGCCUCACAUGGGAGGAGGAAAUGUGUGUACUGCAAGAAGAGGACAAUGCUCAUGUGCAAAUCUUGCAAUGUUCCACUCUGCAUAAAUGUAAAACAGAUGUGCUUCACAAAGUGGCAUGUUCAGAAGUACGCUUAGAGACAUUACAUAUUUGUACAGAUUUAUAAAUACUUUGAGGUUGUAUUUUAUAAGUUUGCUGUGUUCUAUUUUUGCCUCCUAAAAUCCAACCCUUUUCUUUAUAAAGAGUAAAUCUAUUGAAGAAGUAAAGCGGGCCAAAUAUAUACAUUUCCGCAUAAAUUGCCAAAGAUGCAGUGAUGUUUCAAAAGCUUUUGUUACAUCCAUUCUUUUUGGAAUACCUUUUUUGCUUGACAGUUUUAUUUUUUGGUUUAAAAAAUAUUCUGAGAAAUAAAGCUUACUGUGGUUGUGA